GGCGGAAGUGCUUGGCAGACAAACCGGAAGCGCAGUGAUAGUUUGGUCAUGUUCUCACCGACUGUCGCCAACUUUUAAAGGCAGUCCUCGGCAGCCAUGGGCGGCUCUGCCAGCAUUCAGGUGCCGGGAGGAGGAACUGAAGGCUACCAUGUCCUCAAAGUCCAGAAGAAUUCUCCAGCCUAUCAUGCCGGACUGGAGCCCUACUUUGAUUUCAUCCUCUCAGUAGGUGACACCAGGCUAAACAAAGACGGCGACACUCUCACGGAAUUGCUGGAGAGGAACGCAGAGAGACCCAUCCAGAUGUUGCUGUACAGCAUCAGGACCUCGGCUGUCAGGGAGACGGCGCUGGUCCCCAGCAAGGUGUGGGGGGGCAGCGGGCUGCUCGGCAUCACCAUCCGCUUCUCCAGCUUCCGAGGAGCCAGAGAAAAUGUUUGGCAUGUCUUGGAGGUGGAGCCAAACUCUCCUGCAGCCAUGGCUGGCCUGCAGGCCUAUGAGGACUACAUUAUAGGCGCUGACUCUUCCCUGCAACAGAGUGACGACCUCUUCAUCCUCAUCGAUGCCUCUGAAGGCCAGCAGCUCCAGCUCCAUGUCUACAACACUAACUCCGCCCACUGCCGCCAGGUGCUCAUCACCCCAGACUGCAAGUGGGGGGGAGCGGGCAGUUUAGGGUGCAGGAUGGCCUAUGGAUACCUGCACAGGGUGCCUGACCCCGCCUCCUCCAGCCAGGUGGGUCUCACAGCCGUCCUUCCAACUCUGCCACUCAGUGCUGGAUUCCAGCAGUCUGGCUCUGCCUGCAGGUCUUCAGAUCUGAUCAGCAUCAAGACAGAUGCAGACGUCCAUGUUGACCCCGUGACCUCCUCAGCCUGCUUUGGACCACCUUCCGUCCAUCCUGCGUCCACACAAGGUCUUCUCCCUCUAACGCAGCCCGGCCCGGCCUCCGCGUCCACUGUGCCUCCGCGCCAACUUCUUCUUCCCACAUCUCACACAAUAGAUGAAACACUUCCCUCGUCUGAUGGCCAAACCAAGGAUUUGGACUCAAACGGUGUGCUGGAUGACCAGCGGUGACCCAGAGACUUUGUGUGUGUGUGUGUGUGUGUGCAGAGAACUUAUUGGAGGGGUCGGGGUGUCUGGUUACUAUUAUAAUGUGGACUACUUGCUGGAAAGUAAAAAAUGUUUCUAAAGUUUUUGACCUUGUUAAAACAUUUGUAAAGUGAGAUAUUAAAGAUGUUGCGUCA